CAGAAAUUGUAUUUGUAAUCAGUCUUACUGUACAGCUGUACAAGCAAUAAUUUUCGGACGAAAUUAUCCGAAUAUGAAUGGGCCGCGAUAAUGAUUAUCGCGACAUACUAUCAAUCCUUGCCGUUGCUAUUCAGGCAGAUCAUACAGUCAGAGAGUCGGCCGGACGGCGCGUUUGAUAAUGACCAUACUCGAUAAGAAAUACCAGCAAAUUCCGCUAACCCGUACAGCCCUCGCGAAUGAAUGUACACGUCUUAUUGAAAGGAACGUUUGCGGGUUCUGGCUUAUCAAUUCGCUUGAAUAAAAAGAUAAAUCUCAAGGCGUGAUAUCUAGAUGAGAGGCGAGGAAAACCUGAUUCGUUUUAAAAGAAAUCAAACAACACUGAGAUUUCAAAUUUGUUACAAUUUGCUUGAUUAUACGAAAGGAUCAUUUCAAAUAACUGAUGAGCGAGAUACAAUCUUCACCGUUGUUUUAUACAGAAGAUGUUUCCGAGUUAAUACGUUUGUAAAAAACGCUUACGCUUAAUAAUUUUAAUUCUCCAUCAAUUUGUGUCUGAUGAGACUUGCAUGUAAUAGCUAAUUAACCACACACAAAAUAUUGAAAAUUUAGCUAUUUACCUCGCAUAUAAUUUGUGAGACGAUAUAAUUAUUAGUUUAACAGUGAUGAAAAAUAAAGUAAUCGUUUCUUAUUUCAUUGGUAUGCACGAUACGACGUAUAACUUGAGGGAUAGCCUUGAUGCCAUACAGUGGCCGGAAGCGUCUGUUGUUUUCUUUUCAGUUUAAGGAGUGACGGAAUCACUGCACCAUCGAGUAGUCCGUCAAACAGAUGACAAAAAAUGGGAUUGUACUGAAAAUAAACUUAUUUAAAAAAUUCAUUCUCUUUUAAAAAAUAUGAAAGGAAUGCGAAUAAAGUUGAUAACGUUUAAAUGAUGGAAAAUAAAGAUGACGUCUCGAAACAAACCAAUUAAAAUAAAAAUUACGACCGUUGGCGAUGGUAUGGUUGGAAAAACAUGUAUGCUCAUCACGUACACAAAGAAGGAAUUCCCAACGGAAUAUGUACCUACCGUUUUUGAUAACUACGUUGACAGCAUAUGCGUGGGUGGACAGCAAUUCGAAAUGACAUUGUGGGACUCAGCUGGUCAAGAAGAUUACGAGAGGCUUAGACCGUUAUCGUACCCAAACACUGAUUGUUUCCUGGUUUGUUUUUCUGUAAGUGCUCGUAGUUCUUUCGAAAAUGUAGCGAGUAAAUGGCAUCCAGAACUCAAAGCGCAUUGUCCCAAUGUGCCAAUUGUACUUGUGGGAACCAAGGCAGAUCUUAGAAAUCAUCAAGAAGCUAUGGAAAUUAUUAGUCCCCGAGAUUGUAACAAAAUGAGAAGAAAGAUAAAGGCAGUCAAGUACGUCGAAUGUUCCGCAAUAAAACAGGAGGGUCUUGAAGAGGUUUUUGUGGAAGCUAUUAAAGCCGUACUGAAAAAACCGCGAUCGAGAAAGCUCUGUUGCAUUCUUUGAAACUAAUGCAUUUUAAUGCAAUUAAUGCAUCAGUUUAAAAAACACAUCUGACGAUUAUAAUUACUAACACCUAUGUUAAACCAAAGAUUUUCUUCUCAUCUUUUGUUCACGUGCUUUUUUUCUUGUACAUUUUAUCCUUAACGAUAUUUCUAAGAUAUAUUUUACUUUUUUUG